ACUCUAAGCCUGCGUGUGCCGCUCCUGUUUUGCCAUAGAGGAUGUCGUCGGUGAUCUUAUCCUCGGGCCGCCGCGAAACCACCUCAGGCCAGCCAUAAAAGGGACCCCAGAGCCCCUUGAGCAGCUCAGCAGCCUCCCGGAGCCCGCAUCCUUCUUCCCCGCUCCUCAAUUCGGCUGGAGCCCCUCGCCUUGCCCCCCUCUGGCCGUAGCACCGCCGGCCAUCUCCGGCUAAAUUUCGGCAGCCCGAGCCUCUCACGCUCCCCCUUGACCUCUGAUAGCCUCCCCAAGACCUCCCAAAUCCAUUUUCCCUGCCCACUCGAGCCACAGUAGGCCGUGGUGGAAUUUGCCAGGGUGCCCAAGCCACCGCCCGCCAUGGGCGAAGAGGUGCUCGCCUCCGAGCCCUCCGGCAAUCCUCUCCGCCCCCAUGUGAUACGGUUGCUCCUACUGAGCAUGCCGGUAUGCUCAGCACGACAAAUGAUGACCCUAGUGCCGGCUAGCCUCGCUGGAGCUUGCCACUGUCCCUGCCCAGGCACACGCGUGAGGAAGAAGUGGAACCCGACAGGCAGGCCCCGCCUGUCGAUGGGACAAUCUCCAGUCCCCGAUGGUGCAGCCGUGGGGGUGUGCUUCCCUCCAGAGAAGGCGUAUCCCUGCUAGAAUUUGGAGAGAGGAAACUUCCUUCAAGAUUUUGGGGUGCACACCACCCUCCUCAAACUUCAAAGAUUAUGUGAUGCAAAUGGUGAGUGGGUACUACCUGAUGCAUCGUAUGCCAUGUUGGCAUGGACAACCUUGGAGGAAGGUUUGUCAUGGUGAAUACGAGACCAUGUGGCUGACAUCUCGUGGGACGAGAUUGGUCAGUCAAGGCAUGUUGGGGUGUGAUGGUGGUAACACUGAGAUUGCUUUCGGGGAGGAGCAUGAUGCCGUCAACCCUGGAACCUAGAAGUCGAGGAUAGAAGACUUGUGAGAUCGGAUUUUAUCCAAGUCAGAUGUUCCUCUGGGAAUGGAGUUCCAUGGGCACUGGAGGUUUCCUCGAACCGCUUCCGCCAUCAGCCUCGGACUUUUGUCCAAAUCAGUGGACCUUCAUGGUAUUGUAACCCAGAUUUUGCAUUUUUCUUAGGAUUUCUGUAUCAAGUGAGUGUCCACCAGCUAACAGUAGUCCUGGGGCUGGUGAAUACAAAGGCCAUUUUUUGGAAA